AUGGCUCCAUCAGAGCUGGAGACAGAAGUGGUCGCCCUGGAGAGGAAGAUGGAGCAGGCCUGUGGCAGAACCCACCACCCCGGGCAGUUGUUAAAAUCGCUGGAGGAGCAGCUGGCCCGCUGGGAGAAAUACAACUUCACGGGUAGCAUGAUCGAGGUCUACGUGUUCAAGUUCAUGUCUGACCGCUUCAGAGGGUUAAAACUCAGUAGCAGGAUGGGAGAGCCGGGGCAGCACCCCGACCCCCACCCAAGCCAGCCAAGCACGGGGUGGCUGAAUCCAUCUGUCCCCUGCACACUGACGCAGGAUAUGAAGCUGGAUGGCAGCAGGAGGUUCAGGCAUGCCAUGAACUUCCCAGCGGAGCUCGUGAAGGGCAUCCAGGCACAGGGAGUGGAGCAGGAGCUUGUCUGCAUCUAUAUCCACAGCCCCUGCAUCUUCCAGGACACCCACAAUAGCUCUGUGCUGAACAACUAUGUGCUGGGAGCCUACCUGCGGAGCGGGCAUGUGGCCGGGCUCAGCCAGCCUGUGGAGAUCCAGAUUUGGCAUGACAUGGUGUUGGAUGCCUCCAAUGCCACCUGUGUCUUCUGGCAGCCUGAAGCAGGUGCAGGCAGCACAGGCAGCUGGAGCAAGGAGGGCUGCGAGACCACGCACAGGGAGGGCACCGUUAUCUGCCACUGCAACCACCUCACCUACUUCGCCGUCCUGCUGGUCCACAGCCCUCCUUCCCUCUCAUUACUUCCUUCUUCCUCCUUCCCUCUUACGUUGGGCUGUGCCAUGCCAUGUUGGGCUGUGCCAUGCCAUGUUGAGCUGUGCUGUGCCAUGUUGGGCUGUCGACUGAGGGACAACACGACUAAGAUCCACAUGCACCUCCUGGCUGCGCUGCUCCUGCUCAACUGCAGCUUCCUGCUGAGCACGCCGCUGGCCGACAGCACAGAGGGGCUCUGCAGAGUCACUGCUGCCCUGCUGCACGCUGGCCUUCUCUGCACCCUGGCAUGGAUGGCUGCUGAGGCCUUCCACCUCCUCCUCCUCCUCGUCAAGGUCUACAACAUUUACAUCCAGCACUACCUCCUCAAGCUCUGCCUCUUCGCUUGGGGUCUGCCCACGCUGGCUGUGGUGGCUGUUUUUGUCUUCAGGAGAGACACGUAUGGGUACCACACCAUCAAAACCUCUGAAGGCUACAGAAAUGUGACUAUGUGCUGGCUGACCAGUCCACCCGCCCAUUAUGCCACCCUCUGCUAUGCCGGCCUCAUCCUGCUCUUCAACACGUUGGUGCUGGGGAGGGUAGUGACAAUACUGCGGAGGAUCCAGCAGCAGAAGGGGCAGGCGAGGAAAGACUGGGUGACGGUGCUGGGGCUCACCUGCCUGCUGGGCACCACCUGGAGCUUGGCCUUCUUCACCUUUGGUGUCUUCCUUGUCCCCCAGCUCUACCUCUUCACAAUCCUCAACUCCUUGCAAGGUCUCUUCGUCUGCCUCUGGUAUGUCACCGUACACCGCCAGAGCAAGCUGCGCACCAACAUCAACACCUACAGAUAACCUACCC